CACAUGACUACUUAUUACAGAUGAAAGUUGUUUGCCCAUUUGAUUUUCAGAAAUAUUAAACUGAAUUGUGAAUGAUGGCAGCCUAUACAAGAUUACAAGAUUCUGGAAUAUCCAAUAUUGACGAUUUGGAAAAAGCUGCUGGAGUGGCAGCAGCUACUAGUCUUCUGCAGCAAAGAGCAAAUGAAAUUCGAGCAAAUAGAGUUAAUUGGCAAUCCUAUCUACAGGGUCAAAUGAUCUCUCCCGAAGAUUUUGGAGUGAUUUCCCGCUUAGAUAACUCCGGUCCAGCUCAAAAGAGUGCCCUAUUAGGCGAAAAACCAUACAACGUAAUCUGUGCUAGAACAUUUCUUACCUUGAUGGGCCAUAUAUCGAAAGAUCAAACUGUGCAAUAUAUCCUUACCAUGAUUGAUGAUAUAUUACAGGAAGAUAAAUCACGAGUUGAAAUUUUCAAAAAUUAUGCUGUCAAGAAUAAGGAAUCAAUGUGGACGCCUUUUCUGAAUAUGCUGAAUAGACCAGAUCCAUUUAUCGUCAAUCAAACGUUUAGAAUUAUAGCUAAGUUAGCCUGUUGGAGUUCGAUUUUAAUGGAAGGGCAAGAUUUGGAUUAUUACCUAACUUGGUUAAGAGAUGAAAUGAAAAGAAAUAGUAACGAAUACCUACAAACCGUCGCCAGAUGUUUACAAAUGAUGUUAAGAAUAGACGCUUACAGAUUAGCUUUUGUUAACGUUGACGGUAUAAGCGUAAUCGUGUCCGUUUUGGCGGGAAAAGUUGGAUUUCAGAUUCAAUAUCAGCUAAUAUUUUGUCUCUGGUGUCUAACUUUUAAUUCAGAUUUGGCGUCUAUUGUCAACAAAUAUAAUGUUAUACCAAUAACAGCUGAUAUUCUUAGUGAGAGUGCUAAGGAUAAAGUGACUAGAAUUAUUCUCGCGACGUUUAGAAAUCUUUUGGAAAAACCCAAUCAGAAAGACGUUAUUCACGAACAUGCACUUUCGAUGGUUCAAUGUAAAGUUCUUAAGCAAUUACAGCAUUUAGAAGGCAGAAAAUUCGAUGAUCCAGAUAUUACGGAAGAUAUUGAAUUCUUAAAUGAGAAAUUACAUGAAUCAGUACAAGAUUUAAGUUCAUUUGACGAAUAUACGAAUGAAAUUCGGUCGGGUCGUCUGGAGUGGUCACCUGUGCAUAAGACAGAGAGAUUCUGGAGAGAAAAUGCCGCUAGGUUAAACGAAAAGAAUUAUGAACUUCUUAAGAUCCUAAUAAAACUAUUGGAGUCAAACAGAGAUCCUUUAAUCCUAUCAGUUGCUGCGCACGAUAUAGGGGAGUACGUACGACAUUAUCCAAAGGGAAAACAUGUAAUUGAACAACUUGGUGGAAAACAGUUGGUCAUGCAACAUUUGGGACACGAAGAUCCAAACGUUCGUUAUGAAUCUUUGUUGGCUGUUCAAAAGUUAAUGGUACAUAAUUGGGAAUAUCUGGGCAAGCAAAUACGUACCGAAAAUGGUCAGCAGUCAGCAGUCGCCGCACAUUAA